UAGCAAUGCUUGAAACUCAAGAUUCGCCAAACAUGGAUUUUCGGCUAUAAGAGUGCUUACCAGAUCGACAACAAUUGACAUGUCGCUAGUCUCAAACUGCAAGAAAAGAGAAAAAUAUCCUUCAAACCGCCUCAAGCUAGCACACCGAACCUGAUAGACUUCUGACUUACAGGAGGUUACCCGAACUCGAUACUUUCACCUUCGAAUCAGCUGUUCUUCUAUUGUAAAGCUUCAAGAAAACAGGUCGUACAUGUUUGGAGCUCGGGCCGACACUGCGUUUCCAUCUACCUAGAGCAAGCGUAUUAUUAGGCUUCAUCGCAGAAAACGUUAUCGUAGAAUCUCCUGCUUUGAUAUUCGAAUUUUUGUUGUAGGUCUUUGAACUACGUCUCAUCGCCUGGAUAACGUCGACUGGUGCAAUAAUGGCGCCCAUCAUGAAGAUUGCUUCUACUUGCCUCUGUGUUGCCCUACUUUUGUCAUCACUGUCGCUCUUCCAAUCAGCAGAAAAUCCACAGGGUGCUCUCUCUUAUCCGAUCAACUCAAGCGUUAGGUUCAGGUCUUCCGGGAAUUUGUCUUCUCAAGCUUUGGUCUUAUCUUCUGCAAACAACGGAUUCUACUUAGCAGUACAAGGGAAUGGUUCUGAUGCCAACAGUGGGGAAUACCUCUGCUGGCUGUCAGUGAUGGAUCAGACGGAUCCUGUGAAUCACCUGCAAGUUUGGCGAGCACCCUGCGACCCAGUGCUACAGCGCGUGAGCAUGAACGAUUCGUGUUACUUUGGUAUUACCAGCGCAGGCGAUCUGACAUUGGUCGUAGGACAGUCGUUUGUAACUGGAACGGUCACUUACAGCAGCAACACUUCGACGCUCGGUGUUAGUCACGCAGUCCUCAGUGACUGGGGCCGCAUUCUCCUGCAAACCGUGAAUAAUGCCACCGUCUUCACCACUGGUGAUACCCCGUCUCCGGCUAGUUGCUUGGGUCCCUUCAAUUUGUGAGGCACUCGACAACUUCGCACGAGAAAGAGGAUCAGAAAGGCGUUCAGCUACCGUGAAUUUUUUUCUUUCCUCGAUGUGAAAUUCUUAAACCGUUGCAGUAGCGAGAGAUCUAGAACGACCGGGAUAAAUUACUUGUUUCAGGGUCUACAUCUGUACCAGCUCAAGUUACAUGUACAAGAGAGAUCGUCGGAGCUGUAUCGCCAAGCAUAUGCACAUACAUGACAUAUCUGAAUAUACACUGUUGGCUGGACACGGACUUGGAGGUCGGUAUAUCUCCUUAUGGAGACUACAACUGCUGGUGAUGUGUAGCUGUGGUUUCCGGUUCGCCCUCUGCUCACACUGCAAUGCCGCCAGCUGUAAAGAGGUGCGAUUUGGUCGAGGAAAAUGAUCGGUAGGUGGAACCACAUGUGUGUCUCAGAAUUGGAGUCGUUGUUGCUCCAGGCACGCUUGGAAAGCUAGACACCCUGUAGGGAGGGAAAUUCAAAUCCAGAAUUGGGAUGACCUAAUUGGUAUAACUUAAUCAUAAGAAAUCUGGAGAUCACUGUAAGGAUAUGUUCAUAGCAUAGAUAUAUUUUUGUUCCAGUCGAUAGGAAGUGUAGAUCUGCCCCAUUGGCCGUAUGACCACAAAAUCCAAAUAAAUCGCAUUGAUGCUUGGUUUUUGCAAGCGAAGCACCGUCCGUUUCACACUUCACGGCCUCGCAGUCCUCGCAGAGUUCGCGUUUCGCGUUUUGCGCGUUGACUACUGUUCUUCCUCAUGUAUCUCUCUCGGCUGGAAAACAGUAAGAGCCAGAUGUCCUCUGGAGCUGUGGCCAUGUACAGCAUCGUAGCACAAAUCCGAAGUCAGCUGGGAAACUGUUAAACUGAGGCAAUGGACAAGGAGCUCGUACUCUUGAGUUCACAGAACUCGGCACGAAUCAGCGCCUAGAGAAACCAUUCCGGGUUAGUACUUUGUUCACAUGUUUUCUAGAAACUGGCGCUCUCAGUCGGCAGUCUGUACAGGAUAGAAUCUUGUGUGACUUGCGAAUGGCCUUGGGAACUGAGUUUGUUGGCUUCUUGUAAAAAAGUUGCCGAGAUAUGCACCCCUUCACAGAACUGACUACGCGCAGCUGAAAGCACAGCCUCCAUAGGCUAUUUUUCCGAGAAUCUUUGGGUGUCAGAAACUUGUGGGUGACAAACGAUCGGUUUUGAAGGCCCGUAUGAUUGAUAACUGGCUUCUGCAGACCUCAGUGUUACCUAGAUCUGCGUUGACCACGCCAGCUCUCUUAACUCAGGCCAUCUGUCCUCACUGAAAACGUGACGCGCUAGCAACUCGUCAAGCAGACGAAAUGCUCUAAAAUUUCCAUCCGUUCUUUUCAUCACACGGUCAUUCAAUCGUAAUAAAAGGAUAAAGUAGUUAGUUUUUC